AUGAAAAGUGUGUCGAGUGAAACGACCCAAAAGACGUGCUCUAAGAACACCAUCGAUCCAUCAAGACCAAGAAGUCUUUCCCAUGUCAGUUCUAAUUCAGCGCCAUUAUUAUUGAAUUCCAUUGGAUUCCAAAUUCCUUCAUUUCCAUCGUCGUUAUUUACAUUGUCAGCUUCAAUUCCUGGUUCAGCUUCUUCGUCGUUGUCAGCAAUUGGAGGUUCCGCAUUAUUUAUUGGAUUGUUUUGUGGAAUUUCUUGA